GUCCGACCACCACAUGAACGCGUGAGUCUAUAUGACCUUCUCUGAUUCGUGGCACUAAGUAACCUUAUCGCUGCCCAUAUUCGUGUUGCAUCCCACGUUUUCUUGGGGAUACCCAACGAUAGCGAGCUCAGGAAUGCCGAGAGUUAUUUAAUAUCACCCGUGCUUUACGUUCCAGCGCCCAGACGGAGACAAGGAUCAGCGCUCAUGGAGGAUGACCGUAACGGCCAGUCCUUCGACGCUCUCUCGGGAUUCGUGGAAUCUUUUGACCAUCUUGGCCGUCUUGUUUUUCCGUGAGAGCUGCCAUCACUCUAGAUUUGCGUAACAGGGAUAUGUGCUUCGUGUGAUAGUAGCACCAGACGAGCUUCAGACCCUUCCUCCAUAUAUUAGUUUGCUUUAUUCCGGCGGUGAUAUCUUUGAAAAUUUCUCCAUUCAUUGUCUUAUCUGAGCCAGGAUCGCGAUCAUCGUUGUUUCAGGCUUUGAGACGACGUGUCAAGCCACGUUUCGGUGACCGAUCUGCUACUUCAACAGCAAAGCUCCCCGAGACUGACUUGAUUCAACUUGACAAAAUGUCAGUUAUACUACGAAGACUCGUCCACAAUGACGCGAUGCGAGAGGACCCCAGGGAGAUUUAUGGAUGGAGAGUGUACAUGCUCGCCUGUUCGGCUUGCUUCGGCGGCAUGCUUUUCGGAAUGGAGACCGGUAUCAUAGGAGGUGUUCUUACGAUGGAUCCGUUCCAAGUAAAAUAUGGGCUAAAGAACCUUGGCGAUGUAGGAGAGGCCAAUCUCUCCGCUAAUAUUGUAUCCACGCUACAGGCAGGGUGCUUCUUUGGCGCCCUCAUCGCCUCCCCAGUGGCAGACAAAUGGGGCCGAAAGGCAGGGUUAAUAUCCGCAUCGCUAAUUGCUAUCGUUGGCGUUAUCAUGCAAGUUGCAGCAAGUGGACACCUGGAAGCCAUGUACAUCGGACGUUUAGUCAACGGUUUCGGUGUCGGCUUCGCCUCAAUGAUCAACCCUCUCUAUGUCUCUGAAAACUCCCCAAGAGCCAUCCGUGGUGGUCUAACAGGCCUCUACCAACUUUUCAUCACAAUGGGAAUUAUGCUCGCCUUCUGGAUCAACUACGGCUCUACCCUCCACAUCAAGGGCACAGCACAAUACAUGGUUCCACUUGCCAUGCAGGCCCUCCCCGCCCUUCUUAUGCUUGUAGGUAUGCUCCUAUGCAACGAAUCCCCCCGUUGGCUCGCAAAACAAGACCGCUGGGAAGACGCUCGGAGGACGCUCUCCCGCGUACGCAAUCUCCCCUCAACACAUCCGUACGUUGAGAACGAGUUCCAAGAUAUCGUCAGCCAACUCGAGCACGAGCGCCAGCUCAUCGGUGGUUCCGGCUUCUGGGACCUUAUGAAAGAGAUGUGGCUCAUCCCCGGCAACCGCAAACGAGCCAUGAUUAGUAUAUUCCUCAUGGUCUGCCAGCAAAUGACCGGUACGAACGCCAUUAACUACUACGCACCACAGAUCUUUGAAAAUCUGGGCAUCACCGGCACUACGACAGGUCUGUUCGCCACGGGAGUGUACGGAAUCGUAAAGAUGGUGGCAUGUGCCGUCUUCCUAGUCUUCGUCGCCGAUUCUUUGGGCCGUCGACGCUCUCUCCUCUGGACCUCUGUUGCCCAGGGUCUCGCCAUGCUCUACAUCGGGUUAUAUGUCCGCAUUGCGCCCCCGGUCGAAGGCCAGCCCGUGAUCCCCGCUGGCUAUGUCGCUCUCGUCUGUAUCUUCCUCUUUGCCGCGUGCUUCCAGUUCGGCUGGGGCCCCGUCUGCUGGAUCUAUGUCUCUGAGAUUCCGACUGCCCGACUGAGAAGUCUGAACGUCUCCUUCGCUGCCGCGACUCAGUGGCUCUUCAACUUUGUCGUUUCUCGAGCGGUUCCCAACAUGCUGGCAACCGUUGGUGCUAACGGCUACGGAACAUACAUCAUUUUCGCCUGUUUCUGUUUCUCAAUGGGCGUGUGGGUUUGGUUCUUUAUCCCUGAUACUAAAGGUCUCUCACUGGAGAAAAUGGAUGAGCUCUUCGGUGCUACUAGCAGUCCUACUCAUUUGAAGACAGAAGAUGUAGAGAGGAGUGCGUCCCAAGCGGAGGGUGAUCAUAAAGAUGAAGUUGCUACAGAAACUCGAGUGGAAAGGGUGUAAUAUUGUCAACCUUCUUUCUCUUUCCCGCCCUUGCGGAUUGCUUGGUGGUCAGUUUCGAUAUGGUCAUAGUUGUAUAGGUCAAUUGGAUGAUACUAGACUUAGU